CUCCAACGGCAAAUCCAAGGGCAGAUCCAAGACCGGAGCCACCACUGGCUCCAACGCCAGCUCCAACUGCAAGUCCAACGCCAGCACCAACAUCAGGUCCAGGAGCGGAGCCAAUGUUGGAGCCAACGUUGGCUCCGAGGCCAAGUCCAACACUGGAUCCAAGAGAAGAGCCAACGCCGGCACCAGUGUUGGCUCCAACGGCAGAUCCAAGAGAGGAGCCAACGUUGGCUCCGACGCCGGCUCCAACGGCAAGUCCAACGCUGGAUCCAAGACCAGAGCCAACGUUGGCUCCAACGGCAGCUCCAACGCCCCGACGUUGGCUCCAACGCUGGCACCGACGGUGAGUCCAACGCCGGCGCCGACAUCAGAUGGAAGAGCAGGGCCAACCGCCCCAAUGCCGAGCCCAACGCUGGCUCUGACGCCACCACCGAGACCAGCACCGAUCUCCAACAUCAUCUCCGGCACCAGCUCCAAGAGCAGAUCUGAUAUCAGCCCCAAGGGUGGAGCCAACAUCGGCACCGGCGCCAGCUGCCACGCCAAGGCCAACGUCGACUGUGAUGCCGGCUCCCACGCCAAUGUCGACUCCAGCGCCAACAUCAGAGCCAAGACCGUGUCCGACAGGUCAAUGUUGGUCCCAACGUUGACUCCAAGGCCUUGUCCGAUGGCAGCUCCAACACCAGGUCCCAUCUUCGAGGCCACAUCCAACGUUGACCCCAAGGCCAAGGCCAACACUGAUGCCCACAUUAGCUCCGACGUCCUCUCCAAGCCCGGAUCCAACACCGAGGUCAACGCCGGAUCCAACGCCAGGGCCAACCCCAAGGUCACCACCAGCUCCGAUGCCGGCACCGGGAAAGUCAAGGCCGGGGCUGAAGG